AUGUUAUCCUCACCCCCCUCCAAUGCAGUCCAUGGAGACAGUGGACUCUCUUUAGUCCACGGACCUACCUCGCCUGCAUUGCUCGACCAGACUCUCGGGGCACUUGUGGAUGCACAAGCGCGAGAUUACGGCCCGUAUACAGCCGUGGUGGUGCCAUGGCAGAAUGUCCGUCUCACCUACCGCGAACUCGCCGAGAAUAGCAGGAUCACUGCAAAAGCCAUGCUCGAUUAUGGCCUGAAACAUGGAGACUGCGUUGGCAUUUACGCGGGGAACUGUCAUCAAUAUAUUGAGCUUUUCCUCGCAGCCGCCCGCAUUGGUUGCCCCUAUGUUGUGUUGAACAAUACGUUCUCGCCUGACGAACUCCAGACCGCGGUUACUCGCAGCAGACCCAGAGACACCUCGGAACACCUGCGAAAGCUUCUUUCGAACUCGGCAGAAUCACCAGAUUUAAUUGGAAUCGUUGAACUGGGUAGUGCUGCCGCGGCUCUACCCUCAUCUUACAACACUGGGCGCAUGCUCUACCAUAAUUUCCUUCUUCUCGGCACAUCUGUUUUCAUGUCGGAUUCAGUUCUUAGGCGUGCAGAGAGGAAGGUUAAACCGCAUGACGUCUUGAAUCUCCAGUUCACGUCUGGAACGACUGGACUACCCAAAGCAGCCAUGCUCACUCACAGUUCUAUCGUCUUUCCGUCGGGCAAUUUCGAUCCGAAAUUGACUCUAGAUGCAGUCGUAGAUGAGAAGGCUACGGCUCUGCUCGGGGUUCCUACGAUGUUCUUGGCUGAGUUGGAGGAGCUGGAGCGUUCUCCCCGCGAUAUUACUACGGUCCGUACGGGCCUUGCAGCUAGAUCGGCAGUACCUCCGUCUCUCAUGGCGUCGCUUCGAGAGAAGAUGAACGUCCAGGGUAUGCUCAUCGCGUACGGAAUGACGGAGACCAGCCCCGUGACAUUCAUCACUUCUCUGGACGAUACGGAGGAGAGGAUGUUUGAGAGCCUUGGCCGUGUGCUCCCACACACCAGUGCAAAAAUUGUAGACCGCGAUGGCAAGAUUACACCCCGAGGUGUACGCGGCGAGAUUUGUACCAGCGGCUUCGCUCUUCAGAAGGGCUACUGGAAGGACGAAGAGAAGACACUUGAAGCGAUGAGGCGCGACGAGAAUGGAGUCAUCUGGAUGCAUACCGGAGACGAGGGGUAUCUCGACGCCGAAGGCUACGGAUACAUCACCGGCCGCAUCAAGGACCUCAUUAUUCGCGGCGGCGAGAACCUGUCACCUAACGAAAUCGAGGACCGCUUGCUUUGCCACCCGGUGAUUUGCGAAGCGUGCGUCGUCGGCCUCUCAGACAAAAAGUACGGGGAAGUGGUUGGUGCCUUUUUGCGAGCAGCGGGCUCGCAGAGACUGAGCGAUGACGAGGUUCGCGGCUGGAUCACCCAGAAAUUGGGCAGGGUUAAGGCGCCGCAAUACAUAUUUUGGCUGGGUGAUCCGGGAAUUGGCGAUACUCUUCCCAAAACGGGCAGCGGCAAGUAUCAGAAGCAUUUGAUUCGAAAGUUGGGGGAUGCGCUGAAAUUCCAAAGUUACCAACCCAAGCUUUAA